GAGGUGAAGAAUUUACAUUAUAUUUUUGAUCUUGCAGGAAUUCUUCAGUGGGUGAAGCUGAUAGAUAACUUUGAGGCUGAGUAUGAGUAUGUCACCAAUGAAGGAACAGUGUUCACUUUCAAGACAAACCGCCAUUCUCCAAAUUACAAGUUAAUCAACAUUGACUUCAGUGACCCAGGGGAAUCCAAAUGGAAAGUUCUUGUCCCUGAACAUGAAAGAGAUGUUCUAGAAUGGGUUGCUUGUGUGAGGUCCAACUUCCUGGUUUUGUGCUAUCUGCAUGACGUGAAGAAUAUCCUGCAACUUCAUGACCUAGCUACUGGUGCACAUCUCAAGACUUUCCCCCUAGAAGUUGGCAGUAUCGUGGGAUACAGUGGCCAAAAGAAGGACACCGAAAUAUUCUAUCAGUUUACUUCCUUUUUAUCUCCAGGUAUUAUAUAUCACUGUGAUCUGACCAAAGAGGAACUGGAGCCAAGAGUUUUUCGGGAGGUGACUGUGAAAGGAUUUGAUCCUUCAGUUUACCAGACAAUUCAGGUUUUCUACCCUAGCAAAGAUGGCACUAAGAUCCCAAUGUUUAUUAUUCACAAGAAAGGAAUUAAAUUGGAUGGUUCUCAUCCUGCCUUCCUGUAUGGUUAUGGAGGCUUCAACAUAUCAAUUACACCAAGCUACAGUGUGUCAAGACUUAUUUUUGUUCGACACCUUGGGGGUGUUCUAGCGGUGGCAAACAUCAGGGGCGGUGGUGAAUAUGGAGAGACCUGGCACAAAGGUGGUAUCUUGGCCAACAAACAAAAUUGCUUUGAUGACUUUCAGUGUGCUGCCGAAUACCUCAUCAAGGAAGGCUACACAUCCCCAAAGAAGUUGACUAUUAAUGGAGGCUCAAAUGGGGGCCUCUUAGUUGCUGCCUGUGCUAAUCAGCGCCCUGACCUAUUUGGUUGUGCUAUUGCCCAAGUGGGAGUCAUGGACAUGCUCAAGUUCCACAAGUACACCAUUGGCCAUGCUUGGACCACUGACUACGGUUGCUCCGACUGUAAAGAGCAGUUUGAAUGGCUGUGCAAGUACUCUCCGCUUCACAAUAUCAAACUACCACAAGAGGAUGGCAUCCAGUAUCCCUCUACGCUGCUUCUCACAGCAGAUCAUGAUGAUCGCGUGGUCCCUCUUCAUUCACUGAAGUUCAUUGCUACUCUGCAGUAUGUUGUGGGCCGAAGCCGUAAACAAACCAAUCCACUUCUCAUCCAUGUUGACACCAAGGCUGGGCAUGGAGCAGGAAAGCCAACUGCUAAAGUUAUAGAAGAAGUGUCAGAUAUGUUUGCUUUUAUAGCACGAUGCCUAAAUCUUGAUUGGAUUGAAUAGGCAAAAUGCUUAUUACUGUCUCCUUUAGAAAACAAGGGCUUUAACACCAUUUAAGACCAACCAGACUACUACUUGGUGUAGUACUUACAUUUAAGAACUGCGAUUUAAUAUUUUAUUGAUCCAGUUGACUAUGGAGUUUUGAUCUUUUGUGCUUCCCUCUUUUUGGCAUUUCUUUGAAUUUCUUUCUACCACAUCGCAAAGUACAUUUUGAAAAGCAUGUUCAAAUAAAUAGCUGAGCUGCUGUCGGUGCUGUUGUGAACAUUUAGAUUCCAGAGUUAGUGCUAGUUGAGCUUAUUUCCUGUAAACAAUUUUCAUGUAUUUUGCACCUAUAAAUAUAUCCAGAUCAUCUGUAAUUAAAUGUAAGUACUGUCCAAAUACAGGAACUCUGAGCAUACUUUAUUUACACGGUAACUUAUUUAAGAAUAUAAAUGGAAGGUGUUCAGUGAUAACCAUGAAAUACCGAAGAGACAGUAAUUUGGGUAAUUAAGUCAAAUACUAUUAAAAAGCUUAUAUUACAUGCUGUUCAUAA